CGCACCAAAUUCCUCGAUAUAUUGCGUUCUUCCUGCGUGGCCUCUUCCUCGUCGUUUUUCUCCGUUCCAUCGCCGCCUCUUCCGUCGAUUCGAUUCCCCUCUCCCAUGGAGCUCAAGCUCUCCAGUUCCUCUCCCUCCUCCCUGCACGCUCAUCGGAUCUUCAGUUGCCCGCGCGCCGGCGCCUCCUGCAACUGGACAGGGCGAUCAUUCCUACCUGACUCGCCUCUCUCGGUUUCGCCCAGAGCUUCGAAGAAGCUCCAUUCAAUCCAAAUUCGAGCUGUUUCUCCUUCCAGUGUGGAGAAAGAAAGGAUCGAUCAAAGUGAGAUCUUAACGUUGGAGAGCAUCCGACACUCACUGAUAAGACAAGAAGACAUCAUUAUAUUCAACCUUUUGGAGAGAUCACAGUAUGCUUAUAAUCCCGAUACAUAUGAUCGAAAUGCAUUUUACAUGGAUGGAUUUGGUGGUUCUUUGGUUGAGUUCAUGGUUAGAGAAACUGAAAAGUUGCAUGGCCAGGUUGGUAGAUACAAGAGCCCAGACGAACAUCCCUUCUUUCCAGAUGCUUUGCCUAAGCCCUUGUUGCCACCUAUUCAAUACCCUAAGGUUCUACAUCCGGCUGCUGAUUCUAUUAAUAUAAACAAGAAAAUAUGGGGUAUGUAUUUCUAUGAUCUACUCCCAAGAUUGGUUCAAGAACAAAGUGACGGAAACUGUGGCUCAAGUGCUGUUUGUGAUACGAUCUGCUUACAGGCUCUCUCGAAAAGAAUCCAUUACGGGAAGUUUGUGGCGGAGGCUAAAUUUCGGGAGGCACCUGCAAUCUACAAUCCAGCAAUAAGGGCACAAGACAAGAAUCAGCUAAUGCAACUUUUAACCUAUGAAUCAGUCGAAACUGCAAUCAAACAAAGGGUCGAGGCAAAGGCCAAGAUCUUUGGACAGGAGGUUAAAAUUGGAGAAGAUGAUGGAACACCCCCUGUCUACAAAAUACAGCCUUCUGUAGUUGCUGAGCUCUACGACAAUUGGAUCAUGCCAUUGACGAAGGAAGUGCAAGUUGAGUAUCUGUUGCGUAGGUUAGAUUAAAUUGUGAUAUUUAGAGAAGUAUGUAUACUUUCAGCAAGCACUUUGUCAUGAAUCCAAUAACGAAAGCUAAAAAGAGCCAUAUGCUGUUUGCAAGCAGUGUCCUUUCAUGUUGAAACUUGAAAUGAGCAAAUGAAGAAGUUUCCUUUAGAGUGAAACUUAGAAAACA